AUGCUCCUCACCCUCGUGUUGGGCAGCGUGCUGUUGGUCUGGCUCUCCACGGCCUUGCUGCUGCUGAUCGCCGUGCUCGCCGCCAUGUGGACCGGGCUGGCGCUCUCCGGCGCCUGUCGGCUGCGGCGCUGCUGGCGUAGGCUGCUGCGCAGGCCAGAGAGGUGCCUCCCCAAACCGGCGAUGAAACCUUCAGCGACGACGGAAACGGCGCGCCGUCGCCGCGCCGACACUCUUGACGCGCCGCUCGUCGAGGCUCUCCGAGCCUCGCCGCGUCCCUUCCUGCCGGCGAGCGAGGCCGCGUCGAGCGACACGGCGACGGAGCGGGUGGUUGAGGCAGUCAGAGUCGCAUCCAGCAACCCGGCGCUGGAGUGCUUUGGGGUCGACGGCACUGGCGUUCUACUCGGCGUGGCGGCGGCACAGGCGCUCGGCGCGCUGCGGGUGCGCGCCCUCGUCUUCCCGCUUGAGCUCUCGCUGAGCGCCCCUGCUCAAGAGGCCUUCAUCCGGCAACUUGGCCGCAACCGCUGCCUCCGCUCCAUCACGCUCAGCUCCACCAACCUGGACGCCGCGGCGGACGGCCCGGACGAGCGCUGGAGCCCGCGCGGGUCCGCGUUUGUCGAGCAACUCCAGGCGCUUCGGAGGGAGACGGGGCUGCCGGAGCUCGAGGUUUUGGGCGACGAGGCGUUUGCGGAGGGCGGGGACAACGAGGAGGGCGGGGAGGAGGAGGGCGAGGGAGGCGAGGGAGAGGAGGAGGACUUUGUGCAAUGCGACCGACGCCAAUGCAGGCGCGAGAUGACCAGCCCCACCGAGAUCGUAUUCACCAACAAGUUUGGGCAAGACUACUGCGCGGCCUGCGCGGCGGCGAUGGAGCCUCGGCCUGACUUGCGCCAGUCGACGGUCGCUGUCCGGCUCGCUGAGGGGUGA